AUGACGAGGACGUUUUUGAUGCCAUCGCUGAAAAAGUUCUUUCUCGUCGUCGCACUCGCACUCGCGAAAACGGCGUUCGCCAGUAAUGAGGACGAGAAUUUGUUGAGCAACACGCGCUGGCCUCCCGAGAGAGGAGGAGAACACCAACGAAAACCAAGAUUCGUGACGUUUAUGAUUUCACCAGGACGAACGAGUACGAGAAGCAUGUGCGCGUUUUUUAAUCAAUACCUGCACCAGCGAUGCGCACACAACAUGUUCGGGAUGUGGAAUGUGCAAGAUGUGGAAUCGUUCGUUCGUGAAGAGGCGUUCGUUACGAAUACGAAUACGAAUACGACUCGAUUUGAAAGCGCUCUCGAUGAAGCCGUCGAGAGAAAACGCUUGCAAUUUUUCACGGACGUGCCAUUUUUUAUGCCGGGGAUGCCGUGCCGAUUGCUCGCGAAGUACCCCGAGGAGGCGCGAUUUCUUUACGUACACCGCGAUAGGAUGGAGCAUUUUGAUUCCGUGCUUCGCAUGCAUUGUAAAUGGGACGCGCCGAUACACUGUCUGAAUGCGAAUAAUAAGGCGUUGCGAGAACGCUCGUGGGGUUCGUAUUUUCAAACGUUUUGUGACGAACACUCGAAAAUUUGCGGAGAGAACCCCGACGAUAAAGUUAUUAAGAAGAAUAAUCUAACGUCGCUGAUGUCGUCGAUUUGGUCGGCACAUUUGGACGAGUACGAGCAAUCGGUGAGAGAAUGUAUCCCAACUUCUAAAUUGCUUAACAUAUCGCUCGGUUGGUACAACGAGACGAGCGAGACGAAGCGCUUCCAAAGUUUUUUUGGACUUCCAGAAGAGAAUAAUGAUUCGCUGGCGUUGCGUUUCUCGCGCCUUCAUAUAAACGAUGAUUUGAUGCCCGGAAGACGGCAGCGGAUGUUUAACAACAACAACAAUAGCAAUGAAUCCACCAGUAGAGGGAAGUGGCGUCCUCUGAUUAUGCUCACCGGUCCCGAACAAAGCUCAACGUUAGUUUCUGGCGCGAUUCGAAAAGCGUUAAACGAGACGUUUGAAGUAGGCAUAUCAGAAGGAUGUCCAAUGGAACUCAUAAAUCCAGCGUGCCAAACGAGUAAACGUCGAGCGGAGUUGUACGCUAAAUGUAUCCCAUCUCUCUACAGGCAAAAAGCAGUCCAAAUGUGGAACACGUGCUCGUCCUCUGAUUUGGAAAACGUGUUCCACGAAGCAAAUCUAGGACGUUGGAAAUUUACAAAAGAUACACACUUGAACGGAUGGCAUUUGAAGACUUUGCACGAAAGGGGGCAUCCUUUGUUCGUCGUUUUUCGUAAACCAGAACAUACGUUUCCCGUGUCGAGGCGUCGAGGGGGAGGGGGGCAAAAUUAUUUUGCUUUUUGGCGAUCGUUGAUAUCUACUACACCUGAAAAUGUACGAAUGCUUCCCGCGGGCGCAGAUCUUCUCAGACUUCGAAAUUACGCAAAAUAUGUGUUCGACGCCAUCGUGAAACAACGAGAUCACCACAUCUUUGCCGGUACAACAGGUAUUAGAGGGAUACAAGAGUGCUUGGGUCAUUUCUUCCAUUUCUGGCAUCUCAUAACCGUAGCGAAGAGUUUAAACGUCCCAGUGUUUUCUGUUGAAUCUUUGUUGCUGUCCAACUCUAGAGAUGAGGCUCUCAUAGCACUGAAGGCUUCUGGCGCGUGCACUUCGUCAUCAAUUGGUAGCGCUGAAACGUGUGAAGCGUUUGUAGAUAAUCUCAGAGAAAUGCAAAGCGUGCCUACUCUGAUGCACGUGAAUGUUACCGAAAUAUUCAAAGACGCGUCGUCGUUUUCGUCGGUUUCUUUACUUCUCGAUCGAGAGAAAAAGUACUACGAACGCACGAAGUGUGCUCCGGUUCUUAGUACAGUCACGUCCUGGUGUCGCGAUAACGUAAGAAAUUGCGCAACCGUUUCCGACGUGUACAGCGGGGCAACCGUCGGAACAACUCUGGAUUACCUCUCGCCGUUGAAACAAGGCGGGGUGACUAAUAUCGACGAGAUAUUUAAUAAAACGUUUUCGCCGCGAGGGGGGUUGCUUCUUCUCGGCGGCGAAGAGAAAAGGACAGCUGAAGCGAAAAGGCUCCAGGACUCUGUCGUUUACCUGGCGGUGCUCGUGGGCUCGUUCUUCGCGCUCGCCGGAGUCGCGCGCUUCUUUAGGAGUCGGAAAUCUCGAGAGGUCGCGUAG